AUGCAAGAGUAUCCUCUUCUAUUGCUGUCAAGAGAUUCUUUAUUAUAUGCCUGGGCAUCUGCAGGAUUAGAUUUAUAUUUUUUAUGGCAUUAUGCUGUCCCUCUUGCUAUGGGCAGUUUUGUAUUGCAGCGCCAGGAUGGUUUACCUCUUGCUGCCUCUCUUAUAGCAAUUUCUGCUGCUGGGGACAGCGGCGCUCUUUUCUGUGGUUCUGCCUUUGGCAAUAUUAAGAUUAUACAAAGAUUAUCUCCUAAUAAAACUGUUGCAGGCAAGAAGGGAGUAUUAGGGUCGUUAGCAUGGAGUUGGGCUGCUGCUCUUCUUGUGUGGCAUUUAUCCGUAAAUGUUCCUUCAUUAGGGUUUUGGUUAUUCUCUUUAUUUGAUUAUUUAUUCUUUGCCACCGUAGUAAGUAUAAUAGGUUUAUUAGGGGAUAUAAUAGAGAGUGGAUAUAAAAGAGUGGCGGGUGUUAAGGAUUCAAGUUCCCUCUUUGGUCCUCAUGGAGGUCUACUAGAUAGGUUGGAUUCUCUUGUAUUGCCAAUUCCUUUUCUUGUCUUCUUUAUUACAUUACGCGGUUAUAUGUAA